AUGGGUGCCGUCAGUGAUGACAACGCUACGGGGAAGCGAGAUGGCAAGGUGAAUGUGCAAGAGCUUCUUGAGUUCAUUUUUCCGAAGUCGCUGCAGCAUCCACUAUCGACGGGCAGGCUAUACGCAUUCGCCCUGUACGGCCCGCUGGACUCCAACUCGGAGCUACGCUCUGGAUACAACGGGCAACGGGUUGUAAGCACGUGGGAGAUAGAUACAAUGUGCCUUCAAUUCGAGCGUGAGGACAUCUUACAGGUCUACAUUUCGGGCGGGAGGCCGUUGUUCGUCUUGAACGAUGCCCAGAAGGAAGAGGUCAUCGCGCAGGCGGACAGCCACCUCAAGACGGCGAAAGGCCGCGGCUAUCGCCGACAAGUCACCCGAGGGGAGGUCGUCGACCUGCUGUCAACCUUACCAAGAUAUGCCUCGGGACUCGUGAGCUUUCACGACGCUCAGAAGCUCAUCAUGGGAUACCGAGAAAAGCAGAUAGCACGAUUCAAGGUCAUCUUCCCCGAAAUUGCCGGAGGAGCAGCUAGUAAGCAGGCGGGCCGGGCUUCAAAAUCUUGCGCGCAUGGAAACAUCGGUGGCGGCGGGAAGACUCUGGACGGGGAUGUAGGGCGUGGUGGCGGAGGCGAUAGAAGUUGCGCUCUUGCGGAGACCACGGUCGUCGGACGGGCUCAAGCUGGCAAAGUUCUUGCAUCGACUGAAAACAUGUCGACAGGGUGCUCCGGCGGCGGCGGGGCGAAAAGAAAGGGCGGCAGGGCCAAGUUUAGCGCCGAAGUUGCUCCGGCUGAGAUGUUCGUCAAGGACAUGGGCCACACCCCAGCGGGCAUAGCCAACCAUACUAGCAAGCUCUUGAGCACUCGUGCGUACAAGGUCAGCAACAUCGCCGAUGGCAACGACCCCGGACUGACUCAAAACGUGAAGCUCAUCCGAGACGACAGACAACCGGAGCAGGGGCAAGGAACGUGGGACCCUUACGCUUGCCUGAGGGGGUACAACAUCGGCGGUCACGUGCGGUCGGCGAGGAGUUCGACCACGGCCAAGCGCAAAGCCUGA